CUUUUCUUAUUUCUAUUACUAUAUUUUUUGCUUCUAAUUAUAACCACUGCAAAAUUACCAUUUUUAUAUUAAAUAACGCCCAAAUACAAUAUCACACCUACACGUGAUGCACAACACAACCAAUACAGCCCCCGGGCCUUGCAAACGCUCGUCCAUCAGAAAACUAUUCCGAGCCAAAAGUAGCAGCCAUGGAUUUCUUGGGUUUAAAGCUAACGAUACCCUGGACAUCGGUGCAGCAACUGCACCAUCAAAACACAUACCAACACUUGGUUUGCAGACAGAGCAGGGACGGUCAGUGUCUUUGAGGUCAACUAGGAGCAUUCUUGGUGGGUUAUCUUCUUCUGUGAAACGCCUGUCACGACGUACCUCAUCUAUUUUUGCCAAAUCCAGGUGUGAGUCGAUGCCACUUUCAGCGCACACAUGGGAGAAUGAGCUUAAGGAGCGCCACCACGAUGAAUUUGUGCACCCGACAUUAUGCGAAAUGGAAUAUGGCCCCAACAUGGUAGAAAACAAGGAGAACAGCGAGCAAAAAUAUGCUUUACAGACAAUAUUAUCAGUGCCCGUUUUACACAGCCACAACUACAAUUGCCUGCCAGUACCUGACAUUCUGCUGCCCAGUAUUCCACAGGAGUUACCUGCACUCAUUUCAAACGAGAGCAUUGGUGUUGAGUUAUUUGGAUUCGAAUAUGACCUGUUGGCAGACAAUCCAUCGGAUCCAUAUUUGAGUGCGCAAUGCAUAGAUACUAGAGCAGCUGAGGAUAUGGCCGAUGAAGGCGCAUUGGACAGAGUGGAUCGUGAAUCAGAGAAUUUGCGGGUGCUGAAUAUCAAACAUUAUAUCAGUGAGCUCAUUGCACAGCUUGGAAGUGCCAAUAUUGCAGAGCAAGCUGUCGAUAUGAUUCCAAAAAUUGAACACUACGUGGGUGAACCUGUCACACCGUGUGACGGUCAAAUUGGCAAUGCGGAUAUCCUGCAAGAUAUUCUACCUAUCCAUUGUAAAAUCCAGCUACAGUCGCCAACACCAUUACCAGAUAAUCCUGGCACAAUAUCUAGCCUGGGAAUUAUCUACUCGCUUGGUUCUGCCGAGCCGGAUACAGAUUGUCUGCGCAAGAUCAGCGCCCAAACCUUGGUCAACGUUGACAUUGAUGGCGUCAAAAGCAAAAGCGAAUUCAAACACAAGAACACAUCUUUGCUCCUUGCUGAAAUUGUAGAACCAAAAUAUGCCAUGUGGGCGUCAGUAAAUUCUGAGGACGAAUCGCAGGCUAGCAGGUCGAGGGCCACUACGAUUUCAGUGGAGCAGGUGCAGACCUCCGUGUCGAAUAUUUCCAAGCUCAUCGCUUCUCUGCAUAUUCCACCUAUCAUUGUCAGUCGCCCGCUCCUGGGCCCCUCUCGUAGAAUUAUAAUGUUUACAAAUAUGUAGAAAAAAAAAUUUUAUGGUUUCUUUUGGUGGCGAGAGCGAUGUACCACAGGGAACUCCUCAAUCUCUGGGUGUUUCCCCCAAUACCGCUUAACCUUGGCCCACCUCUCCCUAUGCACAUAACUAAACCUAUGUGA